CCCGCGGUUCCUUUUGUUGUUCUCGGAACUACCGUGCGGGUCGGUGCCGCCUGAGCCGCUUAUUGCGCUGCAGACUUUGUGCGGCAGUUUUAGGCGCUGCGAUUUGGUUCCACCUCAACCAUUGAGUUUCUCUGACUGGAAAGGAAAGGAAAGGAAAGGAAAGGAAAGGAAAGGAAAGGAAAGGAAAGGAAAGGAAAGGAAAGGAAAGGAAAGGAAAGCUGCCCCGGCAAACAGCGCAGGUUUAACGAUCCUUACAGCGUCUGCUUCUGAUUCGUAAUAGGGACUCCGAAUAUGUCUGGCAUAGCUCUAAGUAGACUUGCACAGGAGAGAAAAGCCUGGAGGAAAGAUCAUCCAUUUGGAUUUGUAGCAGUACCUACAAAAAACCCAGAUGGCACAAUGAACCUAAUGAACUGGGAAUGUGCUAUUCCAGGAAAGAAGGGGACACCAUGGGAAGGAGGUUUAUUUAAACUACGGAUGCUUUUCAAGGAUGACUACCCUUCUUCACCCCCAAAAUGUAAAUUUGAACCACCAUUAUUCCACCCAAACGUGUAUCCUUCAGGCACAGUGUGUCUCUCCAUCUUAGAGGAGGAUAAGGACUGGAGGCCAGCAAUCACAAUUAAACAGAUCUUGUUAGGAAUACAAGAACUUCUAAAUGAACCAAAUAUUCAAGAUCCAGCUCAAGCAGAGGCGUACACAAUUUACUGCCAAAACAGAGUGGAAUAUGAAAAGAGGGUUCGAGCACAAGCCAAGAAGUUUGCACCAUCAUAAGCAUCUGUCAUGCAGCAUCUUAAAAAGGAAGGGAUUGGUUUGGCAAGAACUUGUUUACAAAACUUUUGCAAAAUCUAAUGUUGCUAUGUACAAUUAAUAUCCACUUAGGGGAGGGGGUUGUAUGUGUGCCAUUUUCCAUAUUCGCCACUUGUAUACAGUUCUAAAUUUGCUGAAUUGCCCCCAGUUUUUUCAUACAGGGUCUCUUCCUUCAGUCUUUUGUAUUUUUGAUUGUUAUGUAAAACUUGCUUUUAUUUUAAUAUUGAUGUCAGUAUUUCAACUGCUGUAAAAUUAUAAACUUUUAUACUUCUAUAAAUUCACUAGUAUCUCUAGUUACUUUGCUAUCUGAUGCAGGCAUGCUUUAAAAUGUUAGAACUAUAUUUAGCCUUUAGCUGGCUGUAUGGAAAAAUAAAAAUCAUGCCCUCCACCCCCUUCCCUCCCUGAAUUUGUUUUUCUAUCUUUCAGAAACUAGGUUGUUAUUGCUUAAGAGCCUCUGAGAUCCAAAGUCAGCCAGCAUCCUUAUUCUGCAUCACUUCCUUUGUGUUUAUAUGGCAUUGUCUGUGUUGCUGUUUAGAGUAAAUAAACUGUUUAUAUAAAGGG